CUAAACCCACAACAGUAAAAUCAGUCUGUAUAUGCAGUAAAGCAUGCUUGUUAUACUCUCUGUGCAACCAAAGUGGUUAAUCCUCUGCAUUGUGCAAAAAGGCUGUUUGAUCCUUUCUUCUCUGUUCCAUCUCUUUUUCAAGUGACCACCACUUCACCUGAUACAGACUGAACCCGUGGUCACAUGCACAUGCUCAGUUUGGUGUGUAUCGCUAAAGAGGUUUUUUUUUUUUCUUGGGAGGGUACAUGUGGUCAGCACAGGGCCAAUCAGCACUGUCCAGACAGAGGGUCAGAGGUUUCACAU